UUAUUUAUCUUCCCCUAGAUACAGCUACUCACACCGCCAUUGUCGCCAUUACUUUACCAUUUCAUCAGUUGAUCUGCUUUGAUUCUUCGUCUUCAAGCUUCAAUCUCAGCAGAAAAAAUCAUCCAAAAACCCAAAUAAAAAAAGUAAAUUGUUUUCAUAAUUUCAUUACAUAGUAAAUUAAAAGAAAAAGAAAAAAAUGAAUUCGAUUCAUUUGAUAAACACUCUUGCUGCUCCGCUUCGUUCUUUUUCUCCUCCCUCCCUUUUUCCGCAAUGCCAUUAUACUAUCCGUUCCUCUGCUGUACCGAAACGGCGUCGUUCGUCUCAUUCGUCUGGGUUCCGCCUUGCCUCGGGUCCAGCCGUGAAUUCGGUUCCCCGUGAGAAUGGAACCUAUACCGUUGCUGAUUUCAUGACAAAGAAGCAAGAUUUGCAUGUUGUGAAAACCACCACCACCGUUGAUGAAGCUCUGGAGGCUCUGGUAAACAACAGAAUCAGUGGUCUUCCGGUAAUUGAUGAUAACUGGAAUUUGGUUGGAGUUGUUUCAGAUUAUGAUUUAUUAGCUAUUGAUUCGAUAUCAGGAGGUCCUCAGAGUGAUGCAAACCUGUUCCCCAACGUCGAUAGUUCUUGGAAAACAUUCAAUGAGUUACAAAAGCUGCUUAGUAAGACUAAUGGCCAAGUUGUUGGUGACUUGAUGACACCAACUCCACUUGUUGUCCAUGAAUCGACAAGUCUGGAGGAAGCUGCUAGGCUGUUGCUUGAAACAAAAUAUCGCAGACUACCUGUGGUCGAUGAUGAUGGAAAGCUGGCUGGACUUAUUACAAGAGGAAAUAUUGUUAAGGCGGCUCUGCUAUCAAAACGCGCGGGAGAGUGGUAAUAGUGUUUGAAAAGAAGUCAUUGAAAAAGCUUUGCUUGGUGCUUGUGCCGGUGAGAGUCAGCGUAACUUCGAGAUUGUUAGCUACGUAUAAUGUUAAGUAUAGUGUAAUGUAUAGUGAGUGUUAUGAAUAUAUGACGGGCCAAAAGAGGAGCUGAAACUUCGAGAUUGUUAGCUACGUAUAAUGUUUAGUAUAAUGUAUAGUGAGUGUUAUGAAUAUAUGACGGGCAAAAAGAGGAGCUGAAAUAAACUUUUGACGUGACAUCUUAGUAGUGAGUAACAAUCAAGAUAGAGUGAAGUGAUUCAUCGAUCACCUUUAUUAGGUUAUCGACAUUGUUUCGUGCAUUUGAUUAUUACGAGCAUGGAGACACUACAUCCUCUUUAUAGGUCUCUGUUAACUCUGACGUUUGAGGCUGGAACUAAUAAUUUAGAGCCCUGUAUUAUAAAUUUAUAUUGUAAAUUGCUGAGGAUUUUAAUUUAUAUGUUAUUUUGCCCC